GGAACAUAGCCCUAAUUCCUAACCACAAAUCCUCUUAUCACAGAAAAGGCUUCAUCUAUAUAUUAUGUCCUUUAUAUGUAUGAUAUCCAUGUAUGGGAGCAUCAAUAAAUAACACUAUUUUUUAGCAAAUUUUAUUUUCUAAUAACUGGUAUAAAUGAUGAAGACUGAAAUGUAUAAUGAGAUAACAACGACAAUUCGUAAUUUUCGAGGACUGUCGAAAGAUUGUGUCAAGAUGCUAAAGGAAAAAUAUAGCGAGAUCCAUUCAAACACAUUGCAUAGCAUUUUAUCUUUAGAAAUACAACAGAAAAUGAAAGUCAAUCAUAUCAAAUUAUUUGGGAAUAAUAAAAGUUAUUAUGAUAGCUAUUUGGAGGCAGUACAGAAUGGAGAGCCAACAGGUAUUUUAUUGAGGAUGGCUAAAGAUAUUGAUGCUGCACCAGCCUUAUUAGCACGUAAUGUCUUGGAGAAAUAUUGCAUGUGUGACAAUGCAAAUGUUUCAAAAAAUGUAAUUACCAAGUUGUUUAAGGAUACUACACUCAUUGGAGAUAAGGAUCUCGCAUAUGAAAUUUACUUGUGCAUAUUAUACGAUGACCUAUAUGGUCCUAUAGCAGAUGCUAUGGGAAUUUGCAUAGGACAAGAAUACGAAAUAAAGCUUCAAGAUUGUUUAAUACAAAGAAACAUUGCAUUCCGCAAUGAAGAACACUUACGAUUACGAGGAUAUGAUAAGACUCCGGACAUCAAGCUAGAAGUUCCAAUCGCGGUCAAUGGCUAUGUAAUAAAUUGGAUCGAAUCCAAGGCACGAUUUGGUAAUGUGGAAGUUCAUCAAAAGUAUAUAAAGGAACAGUUCUUGAGUUAUUGGAAUAGAUUCGGAUCUGGACUUGUUAUUUAUUGGUUUGGAUUUCUCGAGAGUCUGAACAAAUCAACUGAGAAAAAGUUCAUUAUAAUGGAUCACUUUCCCGAAAGUAUUACGUACAUGGACCCGGCUUGUAUCAAGCCUGCAAAUAGUACAUGAUUAUUAUCGAUAUAAUCGCAUUUUACCUUUAUUUAUCGCAUUUAUAUUUAUGUUGUUAUAUAAUUAUCUUUAAGACAACGACGCAUCUAAUUGUAAAUAGAUUUCUCGACAAUGUCUAUCAUAGAUUAACAUUAUACUCUUUCUGACUUUUGUUAAACAGAUUGAAAUACUGUCUUAUAUUUUCCUGUUGAUUAUAUAAUCAUAUUCAGAUGAUUAAAAUAUUUGUUUGUUUUU